AUGGCCAGACAGUACGUAAACCAAGAAGAGGAGCAGUAUGAUGAAAGUGCGGUAAGAGACCAUGAUAACUCGCCAUCUUUGCCAUCAUUACCAUCUACACGUCUCUUCGCCAUCAUAGGUGGCCUUUGCCUAGGCACUUUCUUGUUUGGUCUUGACCUUAAUAUCAUUGGGGUCGCCAUACCUCCAAUUACCACCGAGUUUCGCUCGCUAGCAGAUGUUGCCUGGUAUGGCUCGGCCUAUAUGCUUACCCUAACUGCGUUCCAACCUUUAUUCGGCAAUCUGAAUAAGUUUUUUAACCCCAAGGUGGUAUAUAUGAUAUCAUUGUCGAUAUUCGAAGUUGGAUCGAUCAUCUCGGCUGCGGCACCCCGGUCCGAUGUUCUCAUCGUCGGACGUGCUAUUCUGGGCCUCGGAGCGGCCGGUCUGCUUCAAGGGGCACUCGCUAUAAUCGGACUUGUCGUUGCUGUUGACAAGGUUCCUCUUUACAUCGGAAUUGUGGUCAGUUCCAUGGCCUUGAGCGUCUGUUGUGGCCCAGUCAUUGGCGGUGCUCUUACCGAGUUUAUUGGUUGGCGAUGGUGCUUUUGGAUAAAUGUUCCGGCCGGUGCCUGCGUCCUGAUCAUAAUUUUCUUCUUUGUCAAUAUCUCAGGAUCGUCCUUGAAUCAGACUACUCGAAACCUAUCCAUAUAUGAGAAGAUCCGACACAUGGACUUCGUGGGCCUCAUCCUCUUCCUUGGCUCAAUAUGUUGUCUUCUGCUCGUGCUUACCUGGGGCGGCCAGGCGUACCCUUGGAAUAAUGGUCGCAUCAUUGGUUUAUUCGUCGUUUUCGGAGUCUUAACGGUUGGCUUGAUCUUCUGGUUAGUGAAACGCAAGGAUCUCGCUCUUAUUCCACUUAGGGUUCUCAGGAACCGAACUAUUUAUAUGGGCUCGAUAACACUCGUCGGUUAUGGUAUCAUCUCUGUGGUUUAUGGCUAUUACCUCCCGAUUUUGUUUCAGUCAGUUCAGGGAGUAUCCACCACCGAGAGUGGAAUACGAUAUAUCGCACUUGUCGGCCCACAGAUUUGUGCUAUUGUCGUCACGGGUGCGUUGGUUUCGCAGUGGGGAUACUAUGUACCAUAUAUGAUAGCUGGUGGAGCGCUCUGUUGCAUCGGAUCAGGACUUCUCGCUACUGUUGACUUAACCACUCCUACUGUGGAAUGGGCCGCAUAUCUAGUAAUAAUCGGGCUCGGGCUCGGUAUGGCAGCUCAGAUUCCAUAUACAGCCUUGCAAGCUGUUCUAGAACCUGAAGAUGUCGCCACCGGCAAUGCAAUCGCUGUAUUCUCUUUUCAUCUUGCUGGUGCCAUUGGGACAGCUAUCGGUCAAACACUGUUGAUUGACGGACUCAAUGUCGCGGUUCCUCAGUACACCGACGGACUUGUAUCUCCCGCCGCCGUGAUACAAGCAGGUGCUACGGGGUUGGCCACCGUAGCCGCCGGGGAUAUACAACUCCUUCAAGAUCUACGCUGGGCCUAUGGCAUAGCAGUACGCCGAACUAUCAUUCUUGGUCUUGCAGGUGCCUGUCUAACCGUCCCGGCAUCGUGCGCCAUGGAGUGGUUAAAUAUUAAGCGGGUAGCGGAGGAAAGAGAGCACCGUGCUGAAAAUUCGGCUGACAACCCUUUUUCUUCGACAGAAGCGGAGAAGGCUGAAAAGGGAGCUCCUGAGUGCCAGGUUAUCUUAGGGUGUUCAUCUUUAAACGAAGGGUAG